UACAUCUCUGUGAUAAACAUGGAAAAAGAACCAAAAUCUAACUUUCUAAUGAUGAUUGCUGCCAAAGUAGCAGUACUUUCUUUCAUUCUUUGAGAAUUCGAGGAUGCACAGAAAAGGGAAGUACGAACUUGAGAUUCUGCCCUCUUUGGUUACUUCACGAUUUUUUUCUUCCAAAGUCCCUCUGGGUCUUCAACUUGCCUUUCUUCUCAGGAACAGAGUUUGUAGUGAAUAGCUCACCAGAGAAAUCUAUUUUGAUUGGAUCGUCCUAAAAAUGAAGAAAGUAGUCUCUCUCAUCUCUUUAUGCCACCUUGUUGUGAUGAAGUUACUACUGCUAUCAAAGACUGUUAUAGCAGAACCAAGGGCCAAGACGGUCCUAGUAACAUGUGGCAAUGUACGAGAGCAUAAUUCUACUAUAUUUGUUCCCAAUUUUGUUGCAACUAUGGAGAAGAUCAGUGAUGAGAUGCGGAAAACUGGCUUUGGCACAGCAGUUGUAGGGACAGGACCUGAUACUAACUAUGGCCUGGCCCAGUGUUAUGGGGAUCUUUCAUUGCUUGACUGUGUAUUGUGCUAUGCUGAGGCACGUACUGUUCUUCCUCAGUGUUACCCUUAUAACUCUGGUCGCAUUUUCCUUGAUGGGUGCUUCAUGAGGGCUGGGAAUUAUAGUUUCUUUAAUGAGUAUACAGGACCAGGAGACAAAGCUGUAUGUGGGAACACGACCAAGAAGAAUUCAAGUUUUCAAGCAGCGGCAAAGCAAGCAGUUUUAAGAGCAGUUCAAGAUGCACCCAACAACAAAGGAUAUGCUAGAGGGAAUGUUGCUGUCGCAGGAACAACUAACCAAUCUGUUUAUGUUCUGGCGGAUUGUUGGAGGACUUUGGACCAAAGGUCUUGCAAAGCAUGUCUUGAGAAUGCAUAUUUUUCCUUACAGGGAUGCUUGCCCUGGUCAGAAGGGCGAGCACUCAACACCGGCUGCUUCAUGAGGUACUCAGACACAGAUUUUCUUAACAAGGAACAGGAAAAUGGGAGUUCAAGAGGUAACGUGGUAGUAAUAGUGGUUGCAGUAGUUAGUUCGAUGAUUGUUUUGGUGGUUGGAGUAGCUAUUGGAGUUUAUAUAUGGAAACAAAGAUACAUUCAGAAGAAACGAAGAGGUUCAAAUGAUGCAGAAAAGUUAGCAAAAUCUCUUCAGAACAAAAGCUUGAACUUCAAGUACUCUACAUUGGACAAAGCUACUGGAUCUUUUCAUGAAAAUAACAAGUUAGGGCAAGGAGGAUUUGGAACAGUUUAUAAAGGAGUUCUAGCUGAUGGAAGAGAGAUUGCUAUCAAGAGGUUAUAUUUCAACAACAGACAUAGAGCAGCAGAUUUCUACAACGAAGUCAACAUAAUUAGUAGUGUGGAACACAAGAAUCUGGUCAGACUGUUAGGAUGCAGUUGUUCAGGACCUGAAAGCCUGCUUGUUUAUGAAUUCCUGCCCAAUAAAAGUCUUGAUCGCUUCAUUUUUGAUAAAAACAAGGGCAAAGAAUUAAACUGGGAAAAGAGAUUUGAAAUUAUCAUCGGGACAGCCGAAGGAUUAGUUUAUCUGCACGAAAACUCUAAAACAAAGAUAAUUCACAGAGAUAUAAAAGCCAGCAACAUCCUAUUGGAUGCAAAGUUUCGUGCUAAAAUUGCAGAUUUUGGUCUGGCCAGGUCCUUUCAAGAGGACAAGAGCCACAUAAGUACAGCUAUUGCAGGAACUUUGGGGUAUAUGGCUCCUGAGUACCUAGCUCAUGGUCAGUUAACAGAAAAGGCAGACGUGUAUAGUUUUGGAGUGUUGCUGCUAGAGAUGGUCACUGGUAGACAGAACAACAGGAGCAUAGUAUCGGAGUAUUCAGACAGCUUAGUUACAGUGGCAUGGAAGCAUUUUCAGGCAGGGACUGCUGAACAAUUAUUUGAUCCAAAUAUAGAGUUACAGGAAGACAACAACAGCGAGGUUAAGGAUGAGAUUUUAAGAGUGGUUCACAUAGGACUUCUAUGCACCCAAGAAAUGUGUUCCUUGCGACCAUGUAUGUCAAAGGCACUAAAGAUGCUAACAAAGAAGGAGGAGAAUCUAAUUGCUCCUUCUAAUCCACCCUUCCUAGAUGAGAGUACCAUGGAACUUCAUGACACAAGUGCGGACCCAUUUUAUCCUCUUAAUGCACCUGAUUCAGUGGCUACCAUGUCCCAUAGCUCUUUCUAUCCCAGGUGACCACGAGAAUGCAGAGAAUCCCUACACACUGCAUGUCUGCAGCAUUGCUUGUGAUUGGCAAAUAACUUAGUCUGCCUCAGACCUAUGACGCUUAAGGUUGCUCACCAAGCAUCAGAUGUUUUUCUAUUUAGGAUGCAUACUUACGAAGAAAUUUUAAUCCAAAUGUCCAAUUUGGUUAUGGGAAGCAAACAAUGCAUAUUGUACAGUUCCAUAUUAUAAGAAUUAUAGAUUAAUUUGAUUUAUGUGACA